UUAGGAGACAUUUUUCGCCACAUCCAGUAAGGGGAGCAGGCCACACCCGGACAAAUUGGGCGUGGCUUCCUGCCCUUUCGGGAAGUCGAGAAUAAAGUCUCCAAAGAGUUUUUAAAACUCAGCCAAGCCAACAAAGCGGGGAAAAGAUGCACUACUAUCGUUAUGCAAAUGAAGAGGUCAGCUGCUGCUACAAGUACCUCAUGUUUAGCUACAACAUAAUAUUUUGGCUGGCUGGAGCAGCAUUCAUUGCCAUUGGGUUCUGGGCCUGGAGUGAGAAGGGUGUGCUGUUGGACCUGACCCAGGUGACACGGCUGCAUGGCUUUGACCCUGUGUGGCUGGUGCUGGCUGUGGGAGCGAUCACCUUCAUCCUGGGCUUCGCAGGAUGUGUAGGUGCACUCAGGGAGAACAUUUGCCUCCUCAAAUUUUUCUCAGGGGUCAUCGGGUUCAUCUUCUUCCUGGAGCUGACGGCAGCCGUGCUGGCGUUCGUCUUUCAGGACAACGUCAGGGAGUGGAUCAAUGACUUCUUCCUGUCCAACGUCAAGGCCUACAGGGAGGACAUCGACCUGCAGAACCUCAUCGACUCCCUGCAAAAGAUGAACCACUGCUGCGGAGCCAAGGAGCCUGAUGACUGGAACCUGAAUCUUUACUUCAACUGCACCGUCAACAACCCCAGCAGAGAGAGGUGUGGAGUGCCCUUCUCCUGCUGCCUCAGUGACCCUGCAGACACCGUUUUAAACACCCAGUGUGGAUAUGAUGUCCGUAAAGGUCCAAAGGGGGUCUGGAGUAACGCCAUUUACGUCAAGGGCUGCAUCCCAGCCUUGGAGGAGUGGCUGCCUCGGAAUAUCUACAUAAUAGCUGGAGUAUUCAUCGUUAUAUCUGUACUCCAGAUGAUGGGCAUCUUCUUUGCUCGGACACUGAUCGGUGACAUUGAGAAGGUCAGGUUUAACUACUACUGAGUGGUGUGGUGAAAUGCAUAGGCCUACAGAGGACAGUACUGGGACUAGCCACCAUACAUUCCUCCCUAUCUCUGAUCUCUCUCUGAGGCAUGGCAAGCGACAAGAAUACGUCUAUACCCGUGGCUUGUUAUCUUUGGACUGUUCUGUCAGUCUCUGGAGAUGGGAUACCUCUGCAAGAGCCUGCACAGUGGACAUUUAAUCCGCCUUAUUCAACUCAAGACUCUUAUGUGCCUUCUCUCACAGGAUUGCAGUUGGACUUAAAAAUACACCCUGGGUUUCCCUUUGUUUUUGUAAUUAGAUACAUUUUUGUAUGGUUUGCCUCAGACACAGUGAAUGUUUUCCUCUUUCCUGGCGACAGUCUUAACCAAUAAACCCAGGUAGAUUCCUGGGUCAAUACAUCAUACCUCAAUGAUCCAAAAACAACAAUUUAAGUCGCCGCACAGGUUUAAAAGGUGUGUUCUCUAGCCUUCAGUGUUUCAUGAGUAGAAUGGUAGCAUAUCAGACUGGGGGAGGAGGAGUAGGAGUUUACCACGUCAGUGCAGCUGCAAUGGCUCCGAUAUAAGACCUCGCCCUAGAGCUCAAUCUGAAACAACAGGAUUUCGGCACUGUUAUGUGACAGGCUUUCAACUGGCACCACCAUUGUCCCUUACCUCAGCUAAACAUGAGAAAUGCAGCUCUAUUUUAAAGGUAGAUGCAGACAGUAAACUGCAUGGUGGGUCAAUUUCCACAACAAAGUGUGAGCCUCAACUUCUCUCUUUUUAAUUUAAAAUUCUCUACCUACAAUGCUGUAACAGAGUGAAGCGAACCCGUGCAGAUACUGUGUUGAGCGCAAAGUAUUGCAUCUUGCUCAUCUCAAUAUCUGUGGUGCUGCUCGUGGCAGUCAUCUAGCAGAGUCUACCUUUUAAACCAUUAGAAUCAGUCUGCAGCCAGUCAAAACCAAAAGUGCACAGCUGAACCUCUGACCUAUUGUCCAUCAUGCCUUGUCUUUUCUAGCGGUCAUGUGUCUCACAACUUGUCAUUCCACAAUGUGUACUGCAUCAGGCCAACUAGUGUUGCGUAUCGGUCAUGUAGACACAACUUAAGGGAAACGACUAUUGACGCAAUGUGUGUGUGUGUAGAUGACAUGCUUUAUUUUGAUCAGUCUUAGAUGACCCAUAAGUGAAGUAUUAGUUGUUAGCUUGUUGACUCAAGAGUAGCUGAGUUAGAUUAUUUUACUGUUGUGUUGACUCCAGCCAAGGAAGCUUGGGCAAGUGCAGCAGUGGAGACAGAGCCCGGUGUCUCUCACCCAGACCGACAGACAGGGAGACACGGAGCCCGGUGUCUCUCACCCAGACCGACAGACAGGGAGACACGGAGCCCGGUGUCUCUCACCCAGACCGACAGACAGGGAGACACGGAGCCCGGUGUCUCUCACCCAGACCGACAGACAGGGAGACACGGAGCCCGGUGUCUCUCACCCAGACCGACAGACAGGGAGACACGGAGCCCGGUGUCUCUCACCCAGACCGACAGACAGGGAGACACGGAGCCCGGUGUCUCUCACCCAGACCGACAGACAGGGAGACACGGAGCCCGGUGUCUCUCACCCAGACCGACAGACAGGGAGACACGGAGCCCGGUGUCUCUCACCCAGACCGACAGACAGGGAGACACGGAGCCCGGUGUCUCUCACCCAGACCGACAGACAGGGAGACACGGAGCCCGGUGUCUCUCACCCAGACCGACAGACAGGGAGACACGGAGCCCGGUGUCUCUCACCCAGACCGACAGACAGGGAGACACGGAGCCCGGUGUCUCUCACCCAGACCGACAGACAGGGAGACACGGAGCCCGGUGUCUCUCACCCAGACCGACAGACAGGGAGACACGGAGCCCGGUGUCUCUCACCCAGACCGACAGAGAGACACGGAGCCCGGUGUCUCUCACCCAGACCGACAGACAGGGAGACACGGAGCCCGGUGUCUCUCACCCAGACCGACAGACAGGGAGACACGGAGCCCGGUGUCUCUCACCCAGACCGACAGACAGGGAGACACGGAGCCCGGUGUCUCUCACCCAGACCGACAGACAGGGAGACACGGAGCCCGGUGUCUCUCACCCAGACCGACAGACAGGGAGACACGGAGCCCGGUGUCUCUCACCCAGACCGACAGACAGGGAGACACGGAGCCCGGUGUCUCUCACCCAGACCGAGAGACAGGGAGACACGGAGCCCGGUGUCUCUCACCCAGACCGAGAGACAGGGAGACACGGAGCCCGGUGUCUCUCACCCAGACCGACAGACAGGGAGACACGGAGCCCGGUGUCUCUCACCCAGACCGACAGACAGGGAGACACGGAGCCCGGUGUCUCUCACCCAGACCGACAGACAGGGAGACACGGAGCCCGGUGUCUCUCACCCAGACCGACAGACAGGGAGACACGGAGCCCGGUGUCUCUCACCCAGACCGACAGACAGGGAGACACGGAGCCCGGUGUCUCUCACCCAGACCGACAGACAGGGAGACAUCCAGAGCAGCAUGGGCCACUUAAACCACAGGUGAGAUCUGAUCAUAGUGCUCAUAUCCCAUCAACCUAUAGCCGGGAUUGUGUUGUGAUCACAUCACUAGACCUGGUUAUCUGCCUGCAUGGUGAAAGUUUUGAUUGAGAGAUUGUAUUCACCUAUAAUGUCUUGAAUAAUUUUUACUGUCUUAUCUUGAUCUGUUUUUCUAAACACAUUCACAAAUGCAAACCCAGUCGACGCCUUUUUAAUUUUAGCUUGAAAAUGUGCUGAGCUGUUCCACUCUGCUCUUGUUAGAUAUUAAAUACAAUGCUGUCUGAUCGGGCUGCCCGGAGGCACUUUAUGUAGAAAAGAUACAAUUACAACUGUACGGGAUGUCUUGAUGCCCAACUUGUGUCUCCUCUGCUCAGCCUUUACACCUCAACAAGACACCCAGCCCACAUCCAAGUGACCUCUGGCCACAGAAUGAGCACAGACUUCCUGAAACAUUACUCCAAGCCUUCCGAAAGCGUUUUCAGCGGCGGUGUUUGCUGCAAGCUAGAACUGCUUGAGCUUGCUUUACCUUCAUCCUGUCCAAUGAUGCCCUGCUCAUUCCCCCUCCACUGCUGUCCUCAUACCAGAAUGGGGUGUGUUACAGAGCCAUCUAUGGCAGGUAGCCUAGCGGUUAAGAACAUUGGGCCAGUAAUCAAAGGGUCACUGGUUCGACUCCCCAAGCCUGCUCGGUGAAAAAUCUGAUGUGCCCUUGAGCAAAGCACUUAACCCUAAUUGCUCUGUGUAAGAGUGUCUGCCGAUUGACAAUGUAAUUGUUGAAUGAGGAUAUCUUUACAGCUGAUGAAUGCUAUAUACUUGAGCCAGAUGUCAUACAUUACAAGAUCAAAUUAAAGGACUUUCAUUCAGGCCUUCAACUCCCAUUUACACAUCUGAUGGUCUAGGUCUUUUAUGUAGUUUAACAAUUUUGUGUGCUUGUGUUAGAUUGCUUCCAUGUGAUCGUGGGAGUGUUUUUAACAAAAGGGACUUCUUUUUUUCCCAUAUGUAGAUGUUCUCUGUUUUACCAAAUGACAUUUUGUAAAUGUGAAUUUUCUUAAUUCUGGAUAGGCUUUUAUAAGCAAUAAAGUAUGUUGUCCAUUUUU